ACAGCUGUUGUACAGUUACUCUGAGGGGAAUGCGAGAGCAGUGUGGUGAUGAUGACUGGCCACUUGGAUUCUUAAACCACCUAUAGGCAAGAGAAGCUCUCAAUUAAACUUUGUCCCCCCCCCCAAACAAACACAUACACUACUUUCACAAACGACCGUGGCUCGUAAAUGGAUUCAAGACUGCAAAUUGGACCGGUCAUCCCGACUCCGGACCCAACUGCCCGCGCACCCUGGAACAUCAGCUCCAUCAACCCGCACCGGCUCAUGGAGCUGUCUCCGGGUUCCACAGCUGAAACUGUCAAGGGAGCCAUGGUCCCGGCCCAGCCGUUUCCGACGGUGGACGUCCCGGCCCAUGCUCACUACACCAUCGGCGUGGUCAUCCUCGCCGUGGGCAUCACAGGCAUGCUGGGAAACUUCCUCGUCAUAUACGCUUUCAGCAGGAGCCGGAGCCUGCGGACGCCGUCCAACAUCUUCAUUAUUAAUCUGGCUGUCACAGACUUCCUCAUGUGUCUCACCCAGACGCCCGUCUUCUUCAUCACCAGCAUGCACAAACAUUGGAUCUUUGGAAAGAAAGGUUGUGAGCUGUAUGCCUUCUGCGGAGCGCUGUUUGGAAUCUGCAGCAUGAUGACACUGAUGGUAAUUGCGGUAGACCGAUAUGUGGUAAUCACCAGGCCUUUGGCUUCUCUCGGCGUGAUGUCUAACAAGAAAGCUCUCGGUUUUGUGGCUGCUGCCUGGGUGUACUCCAUGGGUUGGAGCCUGCCGCCCUUCUUUGGCUGGAGCGCCUACGUCCCUGAGGGUCUGAUGACGUCGUGUUCUUGGGACUACAUGACGUUCACACCUUCGGUCCGCUCCUACACCAUGCUGCUCUUUACCUUUGUCUUCUUUAUUCCUCUCUUUAUCAUCAUCUUCUGCUACUGCCGCAUCUUCCGAGCCAUCCGACACACGACGCGAGCAAUAACAAAGAUCAACUGUGAGGGGACCAGAGACUCUGCAAAGAGGUUCCAUAAAAUGAGGAGUGAAUGGAAGAUGGCAAAAAUUGCGCUCAUUGUUAUCCUGCUGUUCAUCAUCUCUUGGGCUCCUUACUCCUGUGCGGCCCUCACUGCUUUUGCAGGGUACGCUGACCUGCUGACUCCUUACAUGAAUUCUGUUCCCGCUGUGAUCGCCAAAGCCUCUGCUAUUCACAACCCCAUCAUAUAUGCCAUUACACAUCCUAAAUACAGGUCAGCGAUCAGCAGAUACGUGCCCUACCUCGGCGUGCUGCUGUGCGUCACUGGCAGAGACCGCUACAGCAGCAGCAGCCUGCAGUCCACGCGCCGGUCAACCCUGACCAGCCAGUCCGAGUACAAAGGCCCAAGCAAGCCGCGCAACUCGUCCCUGUCUGAGAGUGAAUCAGCUCGUUUCUCAGACACGGAGGAGGACUGCUCAUCUCGGACACCUGUUAGCCGUCACUUAUCUGUUGAUGUCAGACAGGUGCGCCAUACCAGCCAGAGGUCAAAGGUGAGUGGUCGUAACGCAGGAGAGUUUGAGAGAGCUGCUGCCCACAGCCCGUCUGACCCGGCCAUAUGUCACCUUUCACAACUCACUACUCCGACAGAACCUGAAAACAUCUGCAUGUCGGACAUCAGGCAGCAGCCAACCAGCCACCUGCCUGCCACUCUGGAUAACGUGAUGAGGGAGUCAUCGCCAAGGUCUGCUUUUAGGACCCCCUCAUCCAUCAUUGUCACCUCCAUAUCAAGCCCAUCCAUACUGCACAGUCCCCCCGCUUUUCACGGCAACCUCAAACUGGCCAAGACCUGCAGUCCGGUCAGUAAGGAGCUACUUGACAUAGUGAGGCUGGAGACGACAGCACUGCCAUGAACACCAAAGUACAACAUUGUGAACUUGUGUCGAUGUAAGCUUAAGUAUUUUUCUUCAUGGAAAAACUAUGUUCACGCACGUCGUUGGCAAGUUGUGGAAGCCUCCUUUUUUUCCUCUCUUUCGCAUGCGGCGUAGAUGUGAGUGAGUGUGAGUUGCCCAGUAAAUUUGACAGUGCGUUUGCGUGAGUGGGUGUUUGAUCACUCAUUUGUUUGAUCUUUUCCGAUCCAUCACGACGGCUGGAGUUGGUUUACCUCAGAGCUUGAAACAGCAAAUUAGCCUUAAAAACACUGUGUCAAGGGUUGCAUUUCAUUAGGAAAUACUUCAUGAAAAAGUGCUUUGCCAUAAUUCACACUGCAUGAUUAAUGAAUUAUAAGUGAAUUCUUGCUGUGUAUAAUCUGAAUGGUUGCCGUUAAAUGCUCCUCGCUAAUUAUGAAGGUUCAUUUCUUUCCAUGACCGCCUUCUCUGGUCAUAGUCACAGCAUUAAAUCACAUGUGAAUAGUUUUGCUUUUUCAACCUUGACUCAAAUCAUUCCUGAUUACCCAAAACUUUAGUGAUCCUUUAUUUUACACUUUAUUUUGCAACUACAUGUGGGUUUAGUUUUUACUUUGUUUUGGUUGAUAAAACUGAACAACCUUGCUGCUUUCUUUUUUUUUUGCUGUUGAUGCCAUGUUUAAUAUUAGCAUAUUGCACAUGGGCAAUGUUUCUUUCAUUGCAUCCAGGAAGUAUUAUUUUUAAUCAAGAAAAUAAUAUUCAAGAGAAGCUUAAUAAUCGUUACAUCUGAUUUUAAAAAACUGAAGUGUGCAAUCGGACACACACUGUGUGUGCUUUGUCGUCCUUUUGUUUCUUUGUUUUUUAUUGUUUGUUUUUCUAAUACAACAAAUCAGACUCGUCAGGAUACAAAUGUGUCACAAUACCCAGCAACAUAGUAGUAAUUGUGUGUCUGUGCCUGUCUGCACUCAGAAACUGGUCUCAGUACUGUAUUUUAAGUACCCUUGAUGCCAUAUUUUGUGUUGUUGUUUAGAUACACCAGUGACAAGUUGGGUAAUGAUUUCAUGGCUUUUUAUAAUCAGCUUUUUGUCACAUUUCCAGAGCUAUUUUUUUUCUUCACUUCUGUACAUUGCUUUUCCCUUUGAGAUUUCUAAAAUGUGCUGCGUCUUUGACUAUGAUUGUAACGUAACUGUUUUUUGGCACCUCAAAAUGAAGUCUGAUAAUCUGUUGAAAUGUUUGUGAAACAAUGAAUAAUGAAAGUAUAAAAGUCAGAGCUAAUGAGACAGUAUGGGGGGGAGGGGUGAGGAUAGCUGGGGGGACUUGAUUCAGUCAUUUUUACUCUUUUUCUUAAAUGUUUUCUUCAAUGAAUGUAAAAAAAGACACUAUAAAGUACACGAUGGGUAGAUUAAUGUCAUGACCACAGAAUAAAUAUGAUUACUCUAAAUAUAUUCAAUUUGAAUUCUACUUUACUGAAGUGAUAGCUUCAUGUUGAUUUUGUUUUGUUUGUACAAAAUGUUUUGUGUUUUUAUUUAUUUUUCUAAAUAAAAAUAUUAAUAAAUCCUAAA